CCCCUCCGCCAUCUUCUCUCUCGUCUUCUCUCUCUCUCUCUCUCUCUUCGCGGUUCGAAUUCGAUCGGAGAGGAAAACCCUACCUUCCCCCCCACCCCUUUUCCCCUCUCCGGUGAUCCACCCAUGGCGAAGAAGAGGAAGUCCGUCGCGUCCCGCCUCGACGAGGUGGACCGGAGCCUCUACUCCUCCUUCUGCAGCGCCGCCAACUCCCUCUCCCAGCUCUACACCCAGGCCAUGAACCACCAGCGCCUCUCCUUCCAGGCCGGGGAGCGUCACGCGCUGGAGAAACUCUAUCAAUGGAUUUUGAGACAGCAAGAAGAAGGAUCAAGAGUGUCCACAAUUGAUAUUAUUGCAUACUUGCAGAAUGAGCUCGACUAUCCAGCAGAUGAAGCUCCAAUGUCCCCGAGGCCGCCGGCUCAGCAUCAAAAUUCUCAAGCGGCGGUGCAUUUAGCUAAUGUCGGUGCCCCCGUUUCUUCUAACCUGUUUGCACCGGCGACAAUUCAGGCUCCUCGUUCUGGAAAUUCUGAUCACCAGGGGAAAAAUCCAGUCUUUUCGAAUGCACUUUCAAGCCCUGUGCGUCGGAGCAUCCAGCACUAUCACUUGAUGCAAGGUGCUUAUAAUUCGAACACCACAUCAUCAGGAAAUGCUGCGCGACAUAACGAAACUAACAACCCUCAUCAUCAGAUCAGGGAUAACAACCCGACAAGCUCCAAUGAUACUUCCAUGGAUAUGCAUGCCGAGAGUCCUGGUCAAGACUCCCAGUACUAAUUAUGCAUGUGCCGAAUUCCGUGAUACAAGGGAGUUGUGAAGCUUGUCUCUUUCUAUGUUUGUGUUGGGUAGGUUUUCUUUGCUUUCUUUUUUCUUUUUUUCUCUUAUGCUGAUAAUUGUCCAUCUGUGGGAGAGAUCUUAUAAAGAAUCCAUCUUAAUUUAAAACACCGUCAUGUCUA